AUGAUGCUCAAGAACACACUCACAACCACAUUCAAAAACACAAAUGCUCGCAAUGUGCUUGUUUCAGUGCGAUACAUGUCAUUAGAGACCAACAACUACUCCAACAACGAGAUGCCACUUCCUCCUUCCAUGCAGAAAAAGACGGCCCAAGAAACCAAACCCAUCAAGAAGGAACAGCUAUUCUCGGAUGAGACUCGUGUCAAGCUCGAACGUCUUCGUCAGCACCAUUUUCAUCCAACAAAUAUUCCGGAUUCUCCUGACUUUGGUACAAAUCAGUACAUGAACAUCAAUGAGGAGCUGAAGCAGCAAUUAAAGGACGUUGUAUCGCAGUUCAAUGCGCCUGUGAGAUAUGCUAUUGCCUAUGGUAGCGGUGUGUUUCGCCAGUCUGGCUACGAUGAGAAGAAAAAGCCUAUGGUGGAUUUCAUUUUUGGUGUUAGUCACCCAGGCCAUUGGCAUGACUUGAAUAUGCAGCAAAACCCUCAUCACUAUUCAGGCAUUCGUGCGCUUGGCUCAGGAGCCGUUACUCUCUUGCAAGAAAAAGUAGGUGCAGGCGUCUAUUUCAACCCCUACGUUCAGGUCAACGGCAUGAAUAUCAAGUAUGGCGUGGUGUCUAUCGACAAGCUGUGCAAAGAUUUGAUUGAUUGGGAAACUCUUUAUUUGGCAGGACGUAUGCAUAAACCUGUAAAGAUUCUCCGUGAUGAUUCUCGAGUUCGCCUAGCAAACCAAGUCAACCUGACUGAAGCUGUCCGUGUCGCUCUUUUAUCCUUGCCUGAGAACUUUACCGAGGAACAAUUGUUUGACCGCAUUGCUGGAAUCAGUUACAAGGGCGAUUUUAGAAUGAUUGUAGGCGAGAAUCCCAACAAGGUCAAGAACAUUGUCAGCACGCAAAUGGACAACUUUCAUCGACUCUACUAUAGCCUAUUGGACGAUUUGCCAAAUGUGUCUGUGUUGAAUGACGGCAAAUUGCAACAGAGUUACAACCCAAGAUUCCGUGGUUUGAUGGUCAAGAAGUUGCCUAAAACACUCUAUGAUAAAGUCAUUAAACAGCACAUGCAAUAUGCCAGCAGAAACAACAUUGAUAUUCCUGAAGACAAGCUUGCUUUGUAUGAACAAGUCGCUCAAUCUGAGGCUUUAAAUACUUAUCUUGAUACAGGUCUUACAGAGAUUAUUGCUGGCACGGCCAUCACUCAAAGCAUCAAGGGCAUCUUUACUGCAGGUGCCAUCAAGACAGGCCGUUAUGCUGGCGAAAAACUAAGUAAAUGGUGGGCAGCAAAGAAGUAG